AUGGGAUUGGAAUACUACGAUUCUUGCCCCUGGCCUGAGGAGUCCAAGCAACAUCGUCUCGCACCAGCGGUCAGCCUCUCGAAGGCUGGUAUUCCAUGCGUCGUCUGGGCGGAAGAUGCUCUUGCCUUCAUCCAUCUCGUGCCCACCGGUCUUUCUUCUCUCCAGCUCCUCAUUCCGGAUGAGCUCAUUCACAAAGCGACCUCCAUUCUGACUACCCAGUCUUUUCAAGUUGCCGAUACACCACAGGAGUGGCUCGAGUAUCCUAUGUGGGACCGAUCUACGCCAUCUUGUCAUCCAGGAAUAUGGCUACAUCCCCAAUCUCUCUUCUCGGUCGAUGUUCGCGACCACUCGCUCUCCAUCACCCUCGACAAGUUCCCGGACACAGUGCGUUUCCUGACACGAGCGGCUUUUCUUGACACCAUCUUUGCCCUCAUCCUCGAGCCUCCCAUUGGGUUUAACCAUCACAGGUUUCACAGCACGAUGAUGUGUUAUUAUAGCGGUCUUAUCCAGCAUACCAUGCGGGGCCCUAGCAGACUGCCAUCAGGAGAGUUAGGAGAGGCCCACAAGGCAGCUUUGGCUGAGGUGAGAGAGGAGAAUUACCCGUAUUUCCACAAUUUACUCUCCGGUGGACAAAUGGCUUGGACCGAGGCCGUCGCACAGCGGCGGGAAGUCAUGGGUAAGAUCAGAAAAGGACACGAAGUUGAUCGUCCAUUUCCACGAAACACCGCAGCAGUGGAAGAAAGAAAUGCCAAGAUUGCAGCAGCAGCAGCCAUGCAACCAGUCUCAAAUGCAACAUAA